AUGAUAUAAGUGACUUUGUAUGAUGUUGAUAUAGGAUGUUAAUUUCAUAAACUCUACUUUGCAAUAUAAUCCAAUUCCUAAACGGUUGAAACUCAUUUAGUUUCCUAAUUACCAAUAUCAACUUUGAUUGAAGGCAGAGAAUUCAAAAUAAUCCUCAAAGAUGGCAGCAUUACAAUUGGAAGCAUUAGUUUUCCUCCUAAAUAAUUAACUAAAUAAUUAAAUCUAGUGAGAUGGAUUACUUUAUUCGAUCCUAAGGAUGAUCAAUAUGAUGGAAAUUUUAUCGAAGAUGACAUAGAAUAGCCACGAAUAUUGCUUCGGAUUGAAACCAACUAUUAAUAUCAACAAAAGAUGUUUAAAAACAACCUAUUAUCUUCAUGCUAAUUGAAUCAGAAGGAAAACACUCAGCAACACAUAGAUAAAAAGAAAAUAUAGCAAAUAAUCGACGAUCACAAGGAUAUGCAAAAUAAAUAUAAUUCGUUAAAGGAAGAUUUAUUAGCUUAUAGGGACAUUUCCCAAUAGGAGGUAAAACAGUUAGAAUAGGAGAAGCAGUCAUAUCUAUAAGAAAAUAAGGCAUUAAAAUAAUAAAUACAAAUUUUGAAAUAAAAUGAAUUGCCUAUUCAUGAUUAAUAAUAAAAGAAUGGCACAAACAAUAACAAUAAUAAAAUGAAAUGA